AUGGCGCCCCUCGCACACGCUUCCCGCACCUGCCUGCGGCAACUGGCGCGAAGCAGCCCCUCCGCGACGGCUGCGCGCGCCCUCAGCACCUCGGCCGCCCGGAACGACGCCACUGCCACGAGCUACUCGAGCCCCUUCAAGGGCGCCCAGAAGGGCAGCCAAAUCCCCGACUUCAGCAAGUACAUGAGCAAGGGCUCUGCUCAGGGCAACCACCUCAUCUCAUACUUCAUGGUCGGCACCAUGGGCGCCAUCACCGCCGCCGGCGCGAAGUCCACCGUCCAGGAGUUCCUCGUCAACAUGUCCGCCUCCGCCGACGUUUUAGCCAUGGCCAAGGUCGAGGUUGACCUGAACGCCAUUCCCGAGGGCAAGAACGUUAUCAUCAAGUGGAGAGGCAAGCCUGUCUUUAUCCGCCACCGCACCCAGGCCGAGAUCGACGAGGCCAACAAGGUCACCGUUGCCUCUCUCCGUGACCCCCAGGCCGAUGACGACCGUGUCAAGCAACCCGAGUGGCUUAUCAUGUUGGGUGUCUGCACGCACUUGGGUUGUGUGCCCAUCGGCGAGGCUGGUGACUACGGCGGUUGGUUCUGCCCCUGCCACGGUUCUCACUACGAUAUCUCCGGCCGUAUCAGGAAAGGACCCGCCCCCCUCAACCUCGAGAUCCCCGAAUACGAGUUCCCCGAGGAGGGCAAGCUGGUCAUCGGUUAA